AGGAACUUAUUUUAACACAUACGAGUUGAUUACACACACGUUCCGCGAGGGUCGCGUCUCUUUCGCAGUGAUAAAUAUUUGUAAUAUCGUACGUUAAUUUGUGAUUAAUUUAAUAAUAAUGUUACACAAGACGGCGGCUCUUCGUACGAAGAGCCACCUUGUGCAAAAUAUUGUCUAUUAUUCAUCCACGAAGGGACGACAUGUGAUAGCAAUAAGGAGAGAAGACCAGUCAGUAUGGGAGAGACGGGCGCCAUUUGCCCCGUCCAAUGUGAACCGCCUGGUAAGGCAAGGCGUCAAAGUCAUUGUGCAGCCGUCGAACCGACGGGCCUACCCUAUGCAGUCCUACAUAAGUGCGGGAGCGAUAAUCCAGGAAGACAUAAGCGAGGCGAGCGUGAUAUUUGGAGUCAAACAAGUGCCUAUCGAUCUGCUGAUUCCCAACAAAACCUAUUGCUUCUUUUCACACACUAUAAAAGCGCAAGAAGCCAAUAUGCCACUAUUAGACGCUAUUUUGGCUAAGAAUAUACGACUAAUAGAUUACGAGAAGCUUAUGGACCAGUCGGGUAACCGAGUCGUAGCUUUUGGGAAGUACGCGGGAGUAGCGGGCAUGGUGAACAUAUUGCACGGGCUUGGACUCAGGCUGUUGGCUUUAGGCCAUCAUACGCCGUUCAUGCACAUAGGUCCAGCGCAUAAUUAUCGCAACUCAAGUAUGGCGCGCCAAGCUAUCAGGGAUGCGGGAUAUGAAGUAGCUUUAGGAAUGAUGCCCAAGUCUCUCGGACCACUCACGUUUGUAUUUACUGGUUCUGGAAAUGUGUCACAGGGAAGUCAAGAAAUAUUCCAAGAACUACCUCAUGAAUACGUGCCGCCAGAAAUGCUGAGGAAAGUUGCUGAGCAUGGAAGUCCGAACAAAAUAUACGGCUGCGAGGUCCGCAGGCGGCAUCACUUGGAGCGGAAGAAUGGCGGCGGCUAUGACCAUGAGGAGUACGAGGAACACCCCGAGAGAUACAUAUCAACCUUUGCACAGAAGAUUGCCCCAUACACGUCAGUAUUAGUGAACUGCAUUUACUGGGCGGUGGACAGCCCGAAGCUGUUAACGAUCCCGGACGCGAAGCAUCUCCUACUGCCCUCACACACGCCCUGGCUGCCCAAGAGUGUCGGCGCGCCGGCGUUACCUCACAGGAUGUUGGCUAUCUGCGACAUAUCGGCGGACCCGGGCGGCUCCAUCGAAUUCAUGAACGAGUGCACUACUAUCGACACGCCCUUCUGUCUGUACGAUGCUGAUAGGAACAAGGAUACUAAGAGUUUCAAAGGCCCUGGCGUACUCGUUUGCUCAAUCGACAACAUGCCAACACAACUGCCUCGGGAGUCUACAGAUUUCUUUGGAGACCUCCUAUACCCAUAUGCGCAAGACAUCAUGAACUCAGACGCCACUAAGCCGUUGGAUCAGCACAAUUUCACAUCUGUAGUCCAUGGGGCUAUAAUUACCAGUAACGGUAAAUUGACACCGUCCUACGAGUAUAUCAACGAACUCCGAAUGGCGAACAACCGUUCUCGACACAAGGUAGAAGGGAACGACCAACAAACUCCAGUGGUGAUUCUUGGCAGCGGGCUCGUGUCGGCUCCUGUUGUAGAGUAUCUUGCGAGAGACAAAAACAUCGCUGUCACUGUUGCAUCGCAAGUGAAAGAAGAAGCGGACGCACUAGCCGAGCGGUACGGCGUGUCGUCCGAGUACUUCCAGGCGAGUGACGAGGCGUCGCUGAGCAAGCUCGCGUCGCGCGCCAAGCUGGUGAUCUCGCUGCUGCCCUACGAGCUGCACGGCGCCGUCGCGCGCGCCUGCCUCGGCGCACGCGCACACCUCGUCACCGCCUCGUACGUCAGACCCGAGGUGCAGCAGCUGCAUCAGGCUGCGAAAGAGGCCGGCAUCACGUUUCUGAAUGAGGUCGGCUUGGAUCCCGGCAUCGACCAUCUCCUCGCCUUGGAAUGCAUCCAUGACAUUCAAAACCACGGGGGCAGAGUUGACUCGUUCGUGUCGUAUUGUGGAGGUUUACCAGCGCCUGAAUUCAGCGACAACGCUCUUCGGUACAAGUUCUCGUGGAAUCCACGAGGAGUUUUGCUCAACACUAUUUCAGAAGCCAAAUAUCUAAGCAAAGGCCAGAUAGUAGAAGUAUUAAGUGGCGGAGAGCUGAUGUCGGUGGCGCGGGAGCUGGACUUCCUACCAGGGUUCGCCUUCGAAGGUUUCCCCAACAGGGAUAGCACCAAAUACGCUAAGCUCUAUGGCAUUGAAGACGCCCACACUAUUCUCAGGGGCACCAUUCGGUACAAAGGAUUUACGGAUACCAUGAAAGCAUUACAACUUAUUGGACUGGUUGAUCCCAAUCCUCACCCAUCACUGCAUCCAGAUGGUCCGACCAUUACUUGGCGUCAAUUCGCGUGCGAGCUGCUGGGUCUGAUGGACUCGUCGAUAUUCUACGAGAACCUGAAGUCCCGCGCGUCGGAGCACCUCGGCAGCGCGGGCGCGCUCGCCGUGGAGUCGCUCGGCCUCCUCAGCGACAUCGAGAUCGUGAAAUGUGGCACUCCUCUUGAUACCAUUAGUCAUUAUCUUAGCAAGAGACUGCAGCUUGAAAAAGACGAAACCGACUUCGUGGUGCUCCGUCACGAGGUGGGAGUGACAUGGAGGGACGGCAAGAGGGAGAUGCGUGACGUCACCAUGACGGUCCGAGGCGACCCAUCAUCACACACGGCUAUGGCAAGGACUGUUGGACUACCCACCGCCAUCGCCGCUAAAAUGGUUUUAGAUGGUGAAAUUCAAGAGCGCGGCGUGGUGCUGCCUUUUACACCAGUCGUCUACAAGUCCUUGUUGUCAAGACUGAGGUCCGACGGCAUCAACGCCAAAGAAGUCACUCGACCACUCAAUUAAACUGUUUAAAUUCUUAAUUUGUACUUUAUUUGUAAUAAUGUAAUGUGCUUGGUAAUGACAAUAGGUUCAUCCCUAUUCCAUGGGGACCAAUAUAACCGGCGAAAUAUGGGUGGUACUCUUUUGUUCCGAAAAGGGAUAGAGGCGUAAUGCUAUGUAUGUAUGUAUUGAUUUAUUUAUAUUUACAGUAAUUCGUUUGUAAAUAUCUGUAGAAUAUGCUCAAUAAAUCUUAAUUUUUUU